AUGGCCAGUUCGUGUGCUGUUCAGGUGAAACUGGAGCUGGGGCACCGAGCCCAGGUUAGGAAGAAACCCACCGUGGAGGGGUUUACCCACGACUGGAUGGUGUUUGUUAGAGGACCCGAGCACAGUAACAUUCAGCACUUUGUGGAGAAAGUCGUCUUUCACUUGCAUGAAAGCUUCCCUAGGCCAAAAAGAGUGUGUAAAGAUCCACCUUACAAAGUUGAAGAAUCUGGGUAUGCUGGUUUCAUUUUGCCAAUUGAAGUGUACUUCAAAAACAAGGAAGAACCGAAGAAAGUCCGCUUUGACUAUGACUUAUUCCUGCACCUUGAAGGCCACCCACCUGUAAACCACCUCCGCUGCGAAAAGCUCACAUUCAACAACCCAACUGAAGAAUUCAGAAGAAAAUUGCUGAAGGCCGGAGGGAUCAUGGUAAUGUCAGAUGGCACAUCAGUCUCUUCGGGACAGAGCCUUCAUCUCCCCAACCUUCCCAGUAACUCCCUGUCUUCUUCUGAAGUGAAGAAGAAAUCAUCUCAUGGGCCAAAGGACCCCAAUAAGAAUAUAAACACGAACAGCAGCAGCAGUAGUAACAGUUUUUCAAAGCCCCAUAAAUUAACAAAGGAGCACAAGGAAAAACCGUCUAAAGACUCAAAAGAACAUAAAAGUGCCUUCAAAGAACCUUCCAGGGAACACAACAAAUCUUCCAAAGAAUCCUCUAAGAAACCCAAAGAAAACAAACCACUGAAAGAUGAAAAAAUAGUUCCUAAGAUGGCCUUCAAGGAACCCAAACCCAUGUCCAAGGAGCCAAAAUCUGAAAAUAGCAUUCUUACUAUAACAGGUGGACAGCAGCAAGAAAAGAAAGCCCCUACAAAAAGGCCCCCCACUACAGAUUCUGAGGAACUUACUGCCAAAAAAAGGAAAAAAAGUAGUUCGGAGGCUUUAUUUCGAAGUUUUUCUAGUGCUCCCUCCCUGAUACUUACUUGUUCUGCUGACAAAAAACAAAUAAGGGAUAAAUCUCAUCUUAAGAUGGGGAAGGUCAAAAUGGAAAGUGAGACACUGGAGAAGAAAAAGCCUACUUUACCACCAUUCGAUGAUAUUGUGGAUCCCAAUGAUUCUGACAUGGAGGAAAACAUGUCCUCCAAAUCUGAAUCUGAACAGCCUAGUCCUGCCAGUUCAAGCUCAAGUUCCAGCUCCAGUUUUACACCAUCUCAGAACAGCAGACAACAAGGUCCCUUGAGGUCUAUAAUGAAAGAUCUGCAUUCUGAUGAUAAUGAAGAUGAAUCAGAUGAAGCAGAUGAGAAUGAGAAUGACUCUGAAAUGGAGAGACCUGUAAAUACUCGUGGAGGAAGUAGAGGUCGCAGGGUUAGUCUAAGUGACGGUAGUGACAGUGACAGCAGUUCAGCUUCCUCACCGCUACAUCAUGAACCUCCACCACCUUUAUUAAAAACCAACAACAAUCAGAUUCUAGAAGUGAAAAGUCCAAUAAAGCAAAAUAAAUCUGAUAAACAAAUAAAGAAUGGUGAUUGUGAUAAGGCAUAUCUCGAUGAACUAGUAGAGCUCCACAGAAGAUUAAUGACAUUGAGGGAAAGGCAUGUACUGCAACAGAUUGUAAACCUUAUAGAAGAAACUGGACACUUUCAUAUCACAAACACAACCUUUGACUUUGACCUUUGCUCACUGGACAAAACCACAGUCCGUAAACUACAGAGUUACCUGGAAACAUCUGGAACAUCCUGA